GCGGGAAGGGGGUCCCGGAAGCCGAAAGGCCCAGAAGCAGAACCGAGAGCAGCGGCGGUCGGAGAGACCCAGCACCCAUGCCUCUUUUCUGCCGGGCCCUUUUCCGACUUGGAAGAGCGAGCCCUGGAGAUCUUCUGGGAUGCAAGUGUCGCAACUUCCCUCUGCCUCCAUUCUGGAGUCUUGUACUGGUGACUGUCACACAGCAAUACCUGUUGCCUAAUCCGUGGCUCCUCUCCUCCUUCUCAGUGGAAGUGGAGGACACGGGUCACCAGCUCUGCUCCAUUGCCUUUCCUGUAGUUGAGAUAUUAGGGAGAUUCGAGUCACCUCCUGGGUGAUACGGUCCUGGAGCCUUCAGCUGCUAGCACUGGAUCUUUGGGAACAUUUCCACUGGAACUCCAGUCCCUAAGAUAGUGUGCUGAGGACUUAGAGAAAGACAACCAUCCCCACCCUCGUGGAGUCUGACGUAUGGUGGAGGCCGAUCAUUCAUGGGAGAUGGAGGGGUCAGAUAUGUAAAGCACGGGGACCUGUUGGAGCUCAGAGGUCCAACGGGCGCUCCUCCAAGCGGAGCCUUGGAGGGCAAGGCCGGCACCAUUACCUCCAACGAGUGGAGCCCUCCUAACUCCCCUGAGGGGAGCAACGUCUCUGGGGGCAGCCAGGCAUUGGACAAGCCCAUCGACAAUGAUGCGGAGGGUGUAUGGAGUCCGGACAUCGAGCAGAGCUUCCAGGAGGCCCUGGCCAUCUACCCGCCUUGCGGCCGCCGCAAAAUCAUCCUCUCGGAUGAGGGCAAGAUGUACGGUCGGAAUGAGCUGAUUGCCCGCUACAUCAAGCUCCGGACAGGCAAGACCCGCACCAGGAAGCAGGUCUCCAGCCACAUCCAGGUGCUGGCCCGUCGCAAAGCCCGCGAGAUCCAGGCCAAGCUAAAGGACCAGGCAGCUAAGGACAAGGCCCUGCAGAGCAUGGCUCCCAUGUCGCCCGCCCAGGCCAUCUCCGCCACAGCCUUCCACAGUAAAAUGGCCCUCGCCCGGGGCCCAGGCCACCCAGCAGUCUCAGGGUUUUGGCAAGGAGCUUUGCCGGGCCAAGCUGGAACAUCCCAUGAUGUGAAACCUUUCUCUCAACAAACCUACGCUGUCCAGCCUUCACUGCCUCUGCCAGAGGCUGAGAUGUGGACCCGUCCCCAUGUGCCUUUCCUGCUGCAUGCAGGGUUUGAGUCUCCUGCAGGACCCGCCCCAUCGCCCUCAGCGCCCCCGGCACCCCCAUGGCAGGGCCGCAGUGUGGCCAGCUCCAAGCUCUGGAUGUUGGAGUUCUCUGCCUUCCUGGAGCAGCAGCAGGACCCUGAUACGUAUAACAAGCACCUGUUUGUACACAUUGGCCAGUCAAGCCCAAGCUACAGUGACCCCUACCUCGAAGCCGUGGACAUCCGCCAGAUCUAUGACAAAUUCCCAGAGAAAAAGGGGGGACUCAAGGAGCUCUUUGAACGGGGACCUUCCAAUGCCUUUUUUCUUGUGAAAUUCUGGGCAGACCUCAACACCAACAUCGAGGAUGAAGGCAGCUCCUUCUAUGGAGUCUCCAGCCAAUAUGAGAGUCCAGAGAACAUGAUAAUCACUUGCUCCACCAAGGUCUGCUCCUUUGGCAAGCAGGUGGUAGAGAAAGUGGAGACCGAGUAUGCCCGCUAUGAGAAUGGCCACUACUCAUACCGCAUUCAUCGGUCCCCACUCUGCGAGUACAUGAUCAAUUUCAUCCAUAAGCUGAAGCACCUGCCCGAGAAAUACAUGAUGAACAGCGUGCUGGAGAACUUCACCAUUCUGCAGGUGGUCACCAACAGAGACACGCAGGAGACCUUGCUGUGCGUUGCUUAUGUCUUUGAGGUGUCAGCCAGCGAGCACGGGGCUCAGCACCAUAUCUACCGGCUGGUGAAAGAAUAAGAGACUCAGGGAGCAGGGAGGGGGGAAGUGACAUCGUGUGUGCAGGGACAUGGGGAGGGGAUCUGUGGGGGCGGCCCCUGAAGUGCCAGGAGAGCUGAGAGGUCAUGACUCUUCCUAUCCAGGAACAAACUGUGCCUGAACCUGCAAUGCCCAAUCCCAAAUAAACCCAAGAUGGUGUGUAUUUUCAGAGGACCUGAUCUGGCUGUAUGAGCCUCGGGAGGGACUGUGGGAGAAAGGGAACCUACUGGGAAGCAGGCCAGAAGCAGUUCCCGAAAUCCCCAGUGGACUCAGCCAGGAACGUCGCCAGAUGCUGAAGCUCAAGAUAGGAUGGCUCCUCUGCUGCUAUCGAGCCCUGCACUGGGCUGCUGGCCACCCUGGGAGGCCCGAGGAUAGGCUCGCGGGUUCUCUGUUCCUCCUUUGCUGUCAUCGAGCCCUGCACUGUGCUGCUGGCCACCCUGGGAGGCCUGAGGAUAGGCUUGUGGGUUCUGUGCAUAUCCAUGUGUGCACAUGCGGGAUUUGUGCACGGCCCUGGCCACCUCGGUUGCCCCUUCCCCAGCACAGUUAGCAGGGAGGCUUGGUCCAGCCCGGGGGUUGGAUUUGGGGUGUGGAGGUGACAGUUGUUGGAAAGGUUGGAAGGGGACACAGCCAGAGCUCUCUAGAUAGUUUCUAUCCGUCCAUCCCCGGUGGGCAUAGAUUCCAUGGUCAUGCUGGCUGCUUUGGAGUAGCUGUCGCAGAUCAUAGGAGCUUGAGACAGGGAGGGUGAGAGGGGUGGCAUGGAAGCCAGCCUGCAGAGUUUAGGUGGUGAGGCUGGUAUCACACAGCAUCCUUUGUGGGGGGUGAAGGCCAAGAAAAUGGGUCAGAGGUCUGCAGUGCACCAGUGGUCUCUGAGACCACCCAGUUCUGAUGAUCUGUGAGUCCUCCCUGGGCUCCCCUCCACCCCCAGCUGGGGUGCCUGCUGGGUGGUAACUGCCUCGGAAUCAGUCCAGACUGUCCACUCCCUCCCCAGACAGUAGUAGUUUCUGUACUCUCUGUGGGUGGAGGAGGGGGGUGAAACCCUCUCUGGGCCUUGAGGGAACCAGUGAAGGGUUCCCUGGUUCAUCUCUUUUGAGAAGUGCAUGGGCUGAGGGUUUUGGUGGUCCUGGCUUCAGUCCUGGUAUUUUUUAGCUGUCUGACCUUGGGCAAAUUUCUCUACCUGUCUGAGCCUUAGUGUCCUUUGCUCUCUCUAAAAGGGAAGGCAAUAGUACCUACCUUAGAAGGCCUUAGUGAGAAAGAGAGCUAAUGUCUAUAAAAGUGCCUGGUGCAAGAUGCACUAAUUAAGUGUUGUUAAUUAGUUUAUCCCUCCCUUCCCUCAGGGGGGCCUGGGCCUGGCUCUUUGCUGCCAUCUAGUGGCCCUCUGUUAUCAUCCACAGCAGGAACCACAAUUCCAGCAACCUGGAGCAGAAGGGGAAGAAGAUUCAAACUAUCAGUGUUUACUUUGUGUCCAGCACUCAGGGAGAUAUAUUAUGGGAAUACAAAAGUGAGUAAAAUAGCAUUUAGGAGGUGUUAUGGUGGUUAGGAUCAAGGGCUCGAGUCAAACAGCUAGGAUUGAAAUCCUGGCAUUCAGCCACUGACUAGCUAUGUGACCUUGGGAGGCAAGUUACUUAAUUUCACUGUGCCUCAGUUUCCCCAUCUGUAAAAUGGAUAUAAUAAGAGUACCUACCUCGUAUACGUAGAGUGCCUAGCAUAGUGCCGAGCACAUAAAUGUGUUUGAUAAAUAUACAUUAUUAUUCAUAGCAGGAGCUCGCAGUCUAAAAAGCCAGAUUGGAUAACUCUUAAGUGGGGUUGGCUGGUCCUCACAGAAACUGGAGUUCAGAGAUGGUAGAGAGCAGGGUGUGGAAGAUCCAGGGAAGAGGUUGCGAUUGAGAGGGGCUGCCCCUUAAAGGGUUUAGAUAAGCAAUGUUUAGAUCAGCAGAUAGGAUGAGGGCUGGCCAGUGCUCCAGAUGGGGAAAAGAAGCUGGCUAUCCAGUUUCCUACCUCACAGGCCAGGACUGCCUCUUCUCAUCAAGAAGCAACUUUAAGCAGACGCCUCUGGAUGGCUGCUAGACCUCGUGCCAAGUUACAUAACUGCACUCUAUCCGGGGCUGGCUCGCAUCAAAAGAUGUGAUGUGGAGGUGGGGCCUGGGGUCCGGGAGUGUCUGAGCAGACCACGUGUGCUCACGUGUCCGUGGGCGGGUUUGUGUGAGCCUGUCCCACCCCACCCCUGGUCACUGUCACAAGCCUUGCCCUCUCCCCGCACCUUUCCCCUCAGGCUAUUUGGAUAAAGGGCACCUUAUGCCUACACUUCUAGCUUGACUGUGAACCUCUAGGUAAAUACGCAAGAAGGAUGUGUGAGCAGCCUCUUGGCCGUGGCACAAAUGCACGAGUCAAGGAGAUGAUCUUUUGUGUUAUGGGUGGAAAGGAGUCGGUGCAGGUGUGGGGGCCAAGUGUUGGCUGUGCAUUUUCCCUUUUCUUUAUGACCUGACCUCAGUAGCUUAAUGGAAAGUCAUGUACUUACAGCCGUAAGUUCCAGGCUAGUCAGCCACAGGAAUGCAGACGUAGGUGCCUUUCCCCUGGUGCAGUGCAGACUGCGGCCAUGGGGGCAAGUGGGAGCCCUGGCCUGGCCCGCCUCUCUUGCUAGGCAUCUCUGACACUGACUGCCCUGCGGCCCGAGGUGGGUGCCCUUCCCUGCCUUUCAGUCUUGGCACCAAAUGUUCCCCUGGCCAGUUGUGCCCUGCCCUUCUCCCACUGGAGAACUGUUACAUUCUUCAGGAGCUGGUGUGCACUCACCCCUUCUCAUGCAGAAGGGUUAGCCACACCUGCCCUUAUGCGGCAGAAGCCUUCCAUUCCUGACCCCUUGGACACCUGUGACAUGGUACCAGAACACAGGCACCCUGUCACCUCUUCUAAUCCUCACCCAGUGGGUAUUGUGCUGUCCGCCUUUGAAAGAUGAGGAAAGGGGCACAGAGAAGUAAACUAAUUUGCUUAGAGUAUUAAUGCAUUUUUUUCAUUCAGUUAGCAAAUAUUUACUUAAUUUCUGCUCUGUGCCAGGCACUGGGAACAUAUCACUGACCAAGACAGAUGCGGUCCCUAGGGAGCUUACAUUUCAUUGAGGAGGGAAACAAAGCACAUAACAGGAUGUGCAGACCAUGGCAAGUGCUUUCAAGGCAGUGAGGGGUGCUGAGAGUCACUGGGAAAGCCUCUCCCGCCUGGGGAAGGUGAGGGAAGGCAUUCUGAGUAGAGGCAGGGAGGUUUGAGUGCAGGGCAGGUGCAGAGAGGAGGUGUGUGCCAGGUACAGAGAGCAAGAGCUGCACAGGCUAAGGUACGGAGGCAGCAGGGGCUAGAUCCUGGUCGGGCCAGCUGCCCAGACUGGGGUGGGGGCCAGGGUGGGGCCAGGCAAUCCAACUUCCUCUGCAGCCCAACACCCCCUUGCUUGGCAAGGUCUUUGGGUUUUACUCCUUGUGAAGGGAGAUCCCUGGAAGUGUUUGAAACAAGCAGUAAAUAUUUUUGAUCUUUAAUCUUUGCUUUUUUUUUUAGAAAUAAAUGGUGGAACUGCUGUGGACCACAGAGAAGCACAUGUAAUUGUCUGCUUCUGAGUCUGUCUUUCCUCUUAGACUCAGCUUCUGUGGGUGGAGACUGUAGCUUGCUUGGUCUGUUGCUUUCUGUAAACCAAACACCACAUCUGGGACAUAGCAGGUGCUCAGUAAACAUGUGCUGAAGGAGUACACACAUACAAGGCAAUGUGAUCCUUGCCAUUGGGGCCUGGGAGGUGAGUGAGGGCCCUGAGCACUCUAGGGUGGACCCCUUUGCCCUCUCAACACAUCUAGAGCUAGCAGGGAGCGGCACUGAGAUAGGGACGUGGAAACAGACCUCCUGUCUCCUGGCGUCUGACAGUGACUGAGCAGAUUGCCUCAGGGGCCCCCAGUGAACUUCCAUAGAGUGGGAUGAUCUUCCUAAUGAGAGAAACUCACACAGAAGGACCUUAGGGUGCAUGUGCAUGCAUGUGCGUGUGGAUAUCAACUCUGCCCUUUCGGGACUAAAGCCAGUGGAGUAAGGAUCAGUGGCGGCUGUAUCAGGCUGCUCAUAGACUAUUUGUGCUUAAUCCAUCACUUGUGCCCUCUAACCAGCUGUAGGCUUCAGAGGACAGUGGGCAGGGUGAGAACGGGCUGGAAGUAGGAGGGCAGGCAUUUCAUAUAAGCAGGGGUGGGGGCAGCAGGGAGCUCCUGACAGUCCUCAGCGUUGGGCCUGGUGCAGGGCUCCACUGGUUCACCAGUGCUCCCCUGGGCUGAGUCUGCACAGAGGGGGAAUGUGCGAAAGAGCAGUGGUGUGUUUUACCCCAGGGGCAGUUAUGCCCAGUGACCACUGUGUUUGACUCUUUCUUGCAUUGUCUGUUAUGUCCACUCCAAAAAUGAAAACAAAGAGCUUUUCCCCAAAGAGUUCAAUCUCUAUGUAAGUUGUUCUUAAGAACUAAAACCCUAGAGCCAGGUUGCUGGAGGGCCAAAUUGACUGCUUCUAAGUUAUGUGAUCUUGGGCAAACAGCUUACCCUCUCAGAGCCUUCAUAACCCUAUUUGUGAAACGGGAAGAAAAUGGCUCUGACUUUAGGUUGCUAUCAGCAGAAAGGUGACAGAGUAUAUGUGAAGGAGUAGCACUGUACCUAGCUCACGUGAGCACUCAGUGAGUGGUCAUAACUUAGGUAUAUUAAAGCCUGCACUGACUGUUCUUCCCACCAGGAAAGCGCGCGCGCGCGCACACACACACACACACACACACACACACACACACAAGCGCGCGCGCACUCGCGGUUAGGGGGUAAAAAAGCUCUGUUCUAAUGUCUCCCAGAGCUCAUAAGGAGGCCACGGGCUCUUAGUUUAGUGGGAACUGUCCAGCACAGACACAAUGCUUAGAGUUUCAUCCUCAGGCCUCAGAAAUGGUCAAGGAAGUGUUCUUAAAUGAUGAAAAUAACUUUGUGGCCCAUGAGGGGAAGUAGACCCCAGGGAAGGGUCUUGAAAGGGAGCACAGAACAAAUGGUGGGCUAAGAGACUGUCCAGAAUUUAGAUUUACUUCCCAAGAGAAGAUGGGGGAGGUGGUCCGGCCCCUUUGCAGAAGGCUGGAGCCCAAUGGGUGGAAAUGGCUAAAGGUCUUUUUAUUUUUAAGCUCAUGGAUGUCUAAUAUUCAACUUUAAGGUUUUUUUUUGUAUUUUUGCUAUGUAACCCCCCUUUGUCUCCCCAAAUCUUCAGUAAAGUCUGCUACAUACACAAA